UCUUCUACACAAACCUCCACUCAUUGUCUCUCCCAGUCUCAGCCAGUAAUUCCCCCAGCCGCUCUGUCUCUCCACCAUUCUCGGGUCAGACUAACAACAGACCUGACCUGACUAGCUUAGGGUCAUUGUUGGAGGUAUAUCCCUAUGGAGGGCUGGCCAUGCUGGGCUGAUUUGUAGAGGUGGUCUUUUUAGCUUGCACGUUUUCUUUCCUCUUUCAGCCAUAUAGGAGUGUCACUCCCUUCCCUGGUCUCAUCUAGCUCUCUAUUGUUGAAUAGGAGUAUAGAGAUUACUGGUACCCGAAAUACCUCCCCCCACCCCUCAACCCCCCUUGUCUUUCUCCUUCCAACCCCUAUUUUUUUUUUAUCGACAUCCAUCUCUGUCUUACCCUCGCUCCUUAUUAUCUACCACCGUCUUUGUUCCUUUUUCUCCAGUUAGGGUAGAAUUGAUGCUACCACCAUCUGUCCUGCAUCUUCCUACUUCGACAGGUGUCCUCUGGGCCCCCCACUCUCAUCUUUCAGCCCAGUGGGGGCCAUGAUAUCUCCUAAAGAGAAGAACAAAGCCCGCCCUCCAAAGGACAGCAUGACACUGCUUCCCUGUUUCUAUUUUGUGGAGCUACCCAUUGUAGCAUCUUCCAUAGUUUCUUUGUACUUCCUGGAGCUGACAGAUAUAUUCCGUCCAGCGCAAGGCGGGUUCCAGUGCCAUGACCGUUCACUCUCCAUGCCAUAUGUCGAGAGCAAUGAGGAACUGAUUCCGCUUCUCAUGUUGCUUAGUCUUGCAUUUGCUGCCCCUGCUGCAUCUAUUAUGAUUGGCGAAGGAGUCCUAUACUGUAUCCAGUCCAAACUCAAGGGUCGUGGAAGUUCUGAGGGAAGUAUCAACGCAGGAGGCUGCAAUUUCAAUUCUUUUCUACGCAGAACAGUGCGUUUUGUGGGUGUCCAUGUCUUCGGGCUGUGUGCCACUGCCUUGGUCACUGACGUAAUUCAGCUUGCUACCGGAUACCAUGCUCCAUUUUUCCUAACAGUUUGCAAACCUAACUAUACCCGGCUCGGAACAUCUUGUGCCUCUAACCCAUAUAUUACCCAGGACAUCUGCACUGGCAAUGACCAGCAAGCCAUCCUGUCUGCAAGGAAGACAUUUCCAUCCCAGCAUGCAACACUCUCUGCCUUUGCUGCAGUCUAUGUUUCAAUGUACUUUAACUCAAUCAUCUCAGACAGCACAAAACUUCUGAAGCCAUUGCUGGUUUUCGCUUUCUCGAUUGCGGCUGGAGUGUGUGGACUGACUCAAAUCACCCAGUACCGCAGCCACCCCGUCGAUGUCUAUGCAGGGUUUCUUAUUGGAGCAGGAAUUGCAGCCUACCUAGCUUAUCAUGCUGUAGGUAAUUUCCAGGCAUCAUGUGAAGACUCGUCUUCACCAACCACAACCACCAAGGACCCUCUACGAGCACUGACCCAGCGUGGUCAUGAGUCUGUUUAUCAUCAGAACAAGUCAUCAAGCACUGAUGAGCUUACACCUCGUCCACGAAGCCAGAGUACCCAACGUCAGGUUCAACGCGAGAAAAAUUCUCUGGGGAGCCUCAAGCGGGCCAGCGUGGAUGUGGACUUAUUAGCCCCCAGAAGUCCAAUGGGUAAAGAGAACAUGGUGACCUUCAGCAACACACUCCCACGGGUAAGCACCCCAUCCAUGGAAGACCCUGCCCGCCGUCACAUGACAAUACAUGUCCCUGCUGAGGGCUCCCGUCCACGUGGAACGGGUCCUGAAUGGAAACCAAAACCUUUAGAAGGACGUAGCUUGACACUGGGUGAAGAGGUGGCACUAGCACAAGCCCACAGACGGGCAGCCUCUGAGACAUCGGGCAUUGCUCUUGAUGAUGUAGACCCUGAUCGAGCACCACCUUCACUUUAUCCCACAGUGCAGGCUCGGACAGGGGCUCCACGGGUUCUUAUACAACCACGUCCUGCAGCACCACCCUUACUGCACAUCCCUGAAGAGAAUCCAACUGGCUCCCCCAAAGGCAGUUCUGCAAUUAGAGCCAAGUGGAUGAUGAUGGCAGAAAAAGGUGGUCCACCACGGGCUGCAGCCAAUGCUCCAAGACUCAUGCAGGUCAUUGCUUUGUCCAAGCAGCAACAACAGCAAACAGCUCUUGGAUCUAGUACCCCCAAACAUUCAGAAACAUCAUCCUCUUCCACCACAAGCAGCUCUGACUCUUCCCAGUACCGUUCACCAUCAGACAGAGACAGCUCUAGCAUUGUUACCAUAGAUGCACAUGCACCCCAUCAUCCUGUUGUUCACCUUUCCUCAGGCAAUGGACCUUGGGAGUGGAAGGCUGGACCAAAGAGCAGUGAGGCUCUAGAAGGAGGAACCUAUGAACUUGGUAAGGAAUAUCGUGGCUACAGAACCCCUAAAGGGGCUGGUGUGUCUCCAGGGUCCUCCAUCAGUGACUUGGAACCAGACCCAGAACCACGAUAUGGGCCUACUGUCAAUGUUGCUGGCGGAGUACCCACACCAUUAGUGGGAGAGGGAAUUUCAGCUAGUAGGGAUUCUAGUCUCAGGCGGAAGCCCCAGAUAGCUGAAAGGGAAGGAAGUGAAGAGAGUGAAGAGCCAUUUUACAAGAAGCUCCAGAACCAGAGGUUCAAAGACUAAGAGAGGAAUGAAAUGAUGUAAAUACGUGGGCAUGCUUAGGACAGCAAUAUGACAGUACAAAGAGAAGCAGCAAAUCACUGCCCAAUUCAAUUUCGUGGGAGAAUAAUGCCUUCUGUGUACAUGCACCCAAGAUGUAAAACCAUGAGUUGAAUUCCUAUGCCGGAUUAUCAUCUCGAUUGCAAUUGCUUUCCAUGGUUCUACUAAAUGACAAUGUAAAA